AUGCCCCUCUCACACCUCACACUGACUGUCUCACAUCUACCCACCUCGACAUCAUUCUUCCUUGCAUGUCUCCAACCGCUUGGAUAUCAAUAUAUCGGACGACAUGACGAGUUUAUUGGAUUUGGAUCCAAAGCCGACGAGCCGGCCGAUUUCUGGCUUUCGCAAGAACGGCCAGGAACCCCUGCCGGUGCAGUUCACAUCGCCUUCCCGGCACCAUCAAAAGAAGCCGUGAACGCUUUCUUCGUCAACGCCUUAAAAGCCGGCGGUAAGAUCCAUGGUGAGCCUAAAACCAGAGACCACGAGAGCGGAUACUUCAGUGCCGCUAUCAUAGACUUUGACGGCAACAGCAUCGAGGCCGUUUAUCGCCCUGAUGUUACGACACGCUCGCAAACCGGAGGACCAACUUUUCAAAAGGUCAAAAACGAUACUGUGGUCUCGCGUGCUCGGUCAACCAAGACCGAAACUGUCGUACGUGCCAAGACUGUCUAUGCGAUUAAUGAUAUUCCCCCGUCGCAAGUCAGAUCGCUACAUGAUCAGCAUCUGCAGCAGUCAUAUCCGUUGCCGUCGCAAGGGGAGAACUCAAAUAUCACAGCAAAGACCAUCAUUGGCACUCUCCUCGGCGCAACCGCUGGUGCCGCUAUCGCAUAUGCCAUGGUGAAAGGCGACUCCUCAAGCUCUCAACCACCAGCCCCUCCCUCGGGUCCAUCUCCGCCAUCCCAAUAUGCUCAGCAACAGCAACCAAUACAGCAGAUGCCCCUGCAACUACCCAUGUCGAUGCCCAUCAUUCCCAUGCUAGGACCUGCACCCUCAGCGCCAGCACUACAAGAACCCCCCACCUACCGUGCCCUCGAAGCUCCUCCGCCCGCUCGAAGCACAUACACAGCCAACGACGCAAUAUCUGCCUUCACACGAUCUGCCACUUCCAAAAGCCCACGCGCCGACACCAUAUACGAGGAUACCGAAUACUACCCUCCCGUCGACGGGCCGCGCGGAAGCGUCUAUUCCCAAGAAACCAGCGGAAUACGUCGCUCUUCCAACGGAAGCGUGUACGCAACCCGCGACAUCCCCAUUCGAGCAAUCGAUUAUCCCGGAUCGCAAAAGGGGCGGUCGCAGUCAUAUCCCUGCGACCCCAGUACCUUGAUCAGCAGUUACGCUGAGAACUCGCGCGCUCAGCUACAGGGCCAUAUCAUUGGCGACGCCGAGACGGAGUUUUCGUCAAUAUCAACCAUCAAACCGGCCAAAUCGAUGCAUUCGUCAUCAUCAUCGUCCGCCCAUCGCAACAAAUCAUCCCACCACCAUUCCCAUACCUCCUCGCAUUCUCCACCACAACAAUCGCAAUCAAUCCUCUCUCAAUCCCCAUCCUCACAUCGCUCCUCCAAAUCCCACGCGAGCAAACACUCCCACAAUCAUCGCCACCUUCAUCCCGACGAAACCUACUCCUCAACCUCAUCGUCUCGCUCCGCCCACAAGACUCCUUUACCAGACAGCAAACCAACCUCCGUGGCCUCCUACUCACAUCGCUCUAGCACCUCUAAACGCAGCAAAUCCCACACAUCGCCGCACGCCAUCCCCCUGCCGGCCUCCACAGCCCCGAGUACCAUCUUCCUUGACGCCGUAGACAUCGACGUCGCCAACACCGCACUCACGCCAGACGACAGCAUCAGCCAAGUGGGCAUAAACCCUUCCCCUUCAGACCACAAACAAUCUCGCUCAAAACCCAGCUCCUCGUCAUCGUCGACAUCCAAACGAUCAUCGAACACGAAGAAAUUCGACGAGCCAGUGCGCCCAAGUGACAGUAUAAGCCAGGUCUCAAGCAAUCAUUCGCGGACGACCGAGCGGACUGUCAAGGCGUAUUCGAAGAGCGGGUCGAGGGGGAGUCAUUAUUAA